GGGGCGUGGCGGAAGUGCGACGGGACGCGGCCGGAACGUGGCGGGGGUCGGUCCGUCCGUCCGUGCGCGCCCCCCCUACAUGACCCUCGCCCGUGAUGAGCUCCAAGGCCAAGCGGGUGCUGCCCACCCGCCCUGAGCCCCCCAGCGUGGAGCAGAUCCUGGAGGACGUGCAGGGCACCCACCCGGCCGAUCCCGUCUUCGUCCUCCCCGCCGAGCCCCCCCUGGACAACGGCCCCGCUCCAGGCUCCCCCGACCCCGCGGCCGAGGAGCGGGAGCGGCUGUACCAGCAGAGCCGCUCCUACGUGGGGAUGAACCAGCGGCUGCAGGAAUCCCGGGAGCGGCUGCGGGAGCAGCGCCGGGAGCUGGAGCGGGCGGGAGCGGAGCUGGAGCGUGGGAUCGCGGAGAUGAGGGAGAAGGCGCUCUGAGGGUCGGGGUCGGAGCCCCGACUCCUCCCGGACUGUGCUGGGGCACCUCGGGACGCCCCAGGCUGUGGUUUCGCCUUCCCAAAUCGGGGCGGAACCGUCCGCCUUGUGUUUAAGGGAUUUUGCCGUGGGACGUCCCCGCCGUGCCAGGGCCUGGCUCUGCCACCCCGGCAACGCUUCCCCAGGGAACAGAGGGAUCUGCCGGGAAGGGCUGCCCCACACGGUCCCAGUGCAGGAACGAAGGCUCGGACCCCACACUUGCUCCCUGCACUGGCUGCCACGUCCCCCGUGGGUGGCACGUCCUCCGUGCCCUCACACCACAACUUCCCCUACGACUUCUCCCUCUGGUACUUCCCGGAGGACGAUCCCGUCGCCUCCCGCAUCGCCCAGCGCCUCAGGCAGGAGGGUUUCCGGGGCUUCGCGGAGCACCAGGACCAAGUGGCCGGGACGUCCGUCAUCCUGACGGCCCUGGAGGUCAUCGAGGCCAGCCGGGUGGCCAUCCUGCUCCUCUCGGCCCGCUCCGUGGGCGACCCGUGGUGCCAGCGCGUGUCCCAGUGGAACCUGCUCCACGUCAUCCACCGCUGCGGGACCAGGGUGGUCCCCGUGUGCGUGGGGGUGACGAGGGCCCAGGUGCCCUCGUUCCUGCGGCACCUCGUCCCGCUGGACUACCAGAGCGAGUUCUUCUUCGAGCGGCUCCUGGCCAGCCUGAGAGCCCGCCCGGGCAGAGGGGUCAGGCGGGUCCCGCCCAAAGGGACGCGCUGAGGGACCACCGGGGAGGGUUGGCUGGGGGCCUGCACUGGUGGCCCCGUGGUGAUGGUGGUGGGAGAACUGUCCCUGUUUUGCUAAUAAAGGUGGUGGGAACGGAUCA